AUGGACGUCACCCGCCGCGUCCUGCUCAGCCAGCCCCCCAAGGGCAAGACCCCCGCCGGCCCAAACAUCUUCGACAACGUCCCGGCCUUCCCGUCGGCUACCGACCGCUCUGUGGUGCGGCCGAACUUCGACACGCUCUACUCGACCGCGUGGCUGGACCUGUCCAAGGGGCCGGUGGUGGUGUCAUCGAAGGACACCAACGGCCGCUAUUACCUGCUGCCGCUGCUCGACAUGUGGACUGACGUGUUUGCCGUGCCCGGCGCCCGCACCAGCGGCACCCAGGCGGGCGCCUGGGCCGUCACGCCGCCCGGCUGGACCGGGCAGCUGCCAAAGGACGUGCAGCGGAUCGACGCGCCGACGCCGGAUUCGGAUGGGGGCUGA